UUUAGUCCUCAUUCACAUGCAUUACAGUAUGUUAAAAAGAACAGCCAGAAUGUUCUUCAAAUUCAUACAAAUUAGCCACUUGUUGGUCAAAAUGUAAAAUAGUUAUGAAUUGCCAUUUUAAUUUAAAGGAACAGACACAAAUGUACAGUGUUGCUUCAGAAGAUUCAGAAGCAGAGUCAUUUGGACCACUUUAAUACCGAUCUGCCAAAAAGGAAAAUAGUUGCGAAAAAGUUGAAAAGAUCUGUGUGUGCUCACGGCCGGGAACUGCUUUAGAGAUAAUGUCUGUUUCUUUCAGAAAUCUGGCUGUUGGCAUUGGCAUUCAGAACUUUCCAGAAGGCCUUGCCGUGAGUCUCCCGUUGCGUGGUUCUGGGGUGUCCACAUGGUACGGCCAGCUGAGUGGGAUGGUGGAGCCUCUGGCGGGGUUGCUAGGGGCCGUUGCCGUGGUGCUGGCGGAGCCGUUGCUACCGUACGCUCUGGCCUUCGCCGCAGGAGCCAUGGUGUAUGUGGUGGUUGAUGACAUCAUUCCUGAAGCCCAAGUCAGGUGAGCAGCAGCACAGUGAAAAACUGCAGAUGCUCACAUGACACAAUGUGUGUUUCUUUCACAUUCGUCCAUUCUGGGCUUCAUCUUCAUGAUGUCACUGGAUGUGGGGCUGGCUGAGCUUUUUCAUUGGACGAAUCUUCGAAUGUCAGCUGACUGAAAAAAGAGACCAAAGCAGCCUUUCUUCUCAGUGGAUAGGUUUAUUGAUCAGUGGAAUAUUUUUCUACUUGGUGUACUUUGUCAUUUUUUUGUUAUUUAUUUUUUGUUUUAUAUGGAAGCCUGUUUCUGCCACUGGUUAAAAAAUAAAAA